UGGGCGUAGUGGGUGAUGACGAAAAGCAAAAAGAAGCAAGCGCACAUAUUUUUCUUUCUCUUUAUUCUUUACUUUUUGCUACAAAAAUUUUCUCUAGUUUUUUUUACACGAAUUUUCUUAGAAUAGCACCAACAAAAAAAUGAGUGACGGUUAUCUUCCAUAUGCUGCCGAAGCUGAACAGUCACUUUCACCAUCCGAACUUCAAGUUCUCCAACGUCAAUUCGAGCGCGAAGGCACACAAGUUCGCAUCCAAACAAAGUUCAACUACGCCUGGGGACUGAUAAAAAGCGCCCAAAAGCAUGACCAAACAAGAGGCGUUGCCCUAAUGCACAAUAUAUAUGAGGAGAAUGAGGAGCGCAAGCGCGAGUGCCUGUAUUAUUUGGGCAUAGGGUAUUACAAGAUGGGCGAGUAUGCGAAUGCCAGAGUGUAUACAGAGAGAUUGUUGGCUUUAGAGCCAGGCAAUAAACAGGCGGAGAGCUUGAGACAGCUUGUAGAUGAAAAGGUGGCAAGAGAUGGGUUGAUUGGGCUGGCCAUGUCGGGAGGUGCUGUUGCGUUGCUCGGUAUUGCUGCGGCGUUUAUGUUUAAAAAAUCAAAGUAGCUUUUAUUCUUAUUUUGCUUAAUAUAUUAAAAUUUUGGCGGCUUUCAAAAGCUUGGCGAUAUUAUACGCGCAUGAUUUUGUUUUUUGUUUUUUUGCUUGACAAAAAGAACAAAACGGGCAAGCCUUUUGCUUCUAGUUGAUAAAGCCCCUUUAUGAACAAGGGG